UCCUAUGCAUCGCCCACCGCCUCAACACCAUCAUCGGCUACGACCGCAUCCUUGUCAUGGACGCCGGCCAAGUCGCCGAGUUCGACACGCCGGAGUCGCUCUUCGCCAGGGAGGACUCGAUCUUCCGUAGUAUGUGUGACCGCUCGCGGAUUGGGAUCGAGGACAUUCGGGCGGCGAGGAAGGCUCGUUUGCUUGGGAAGCGCGCGUAG